AUGGCAGUAUCUGAAGGUCCAGCUAUUGGUAUUGAUUUAGGUACCACAUACUCGUGUGUUGGUGUAUGGAGAAAUGAUACAGUAGAUAUUGUUCCAAAUGAUCAAGGUAACCGUACAACACCAUCAUAUGUAGCAUUUACAGAGACUGAGCGUCUCAUUGGAGAUGCAGCAAAGAACCAAGUUGCUAGAAAUCCAGAUAAUACAGUCUUUGAUGCUAAACGUCUUAUUGGUAGAAAAUUUGACGACCAGGCAGUGCAAAGUGAUAUGACUCACUGGCCAUUUAAAAUAGUUAGAGGCCCAAAAGACAAACCAAUUAUUAGUGUAAGUUAUUUAGGUGAGAAGAAGGAAUUCCAUGCUGAAGAAAUUUCUGCUAUGGUUUUACAAAAGAUGAAGGAGAUUUCUGAAGCAUACUUGGGACGCCCAAUUAAGAAUGCCGUAGUUACUGUACCAGCUUAUUUCAAUGACUCUCAACGUCAAGCAACUAAGGAUGCAGGUGCAAUUGCUGGUUUAAAUGUAAUGAGAAUUAUUAACGAACCAACAGCCGCAGCUAUUGCUUAUGGUCUUGAUAAGAAGGGAACUGGUGAGAGAAAUGUUUUGAUCUUCGAUUUGGGUGGUGGUACAUUUGAUGUAUCAUUAUUAACUAUUGAGGAUGGUAUCUUUGAGGUUAAGGCUACUGCUGGUGAUACUCACUUAGGUGGUGAAGAUUUUGAUAACAGACUUGUAGAAUUUUGCGUACAAGACUUUAAGAGAAAGAAUAGAGGUAUGGAUUUAACUACAAAUGCCAGAGCUUUAAGAAGAUUAAGAACUCAAUGUGAACGUGCAAAGAGAACUUUAUCAUCUUCAACUCAAGCUACUAUUGAGUUGGAUUCACUUUAUGAAGGUAUUGAUUAUUCAAUUGCCAUUAGUAGAGCUAGAUUUGAAGAACUCUGUGCUGAUUACUUCCGUGCAACUUUAGCUCCAGUUGAGAAAGUACUCAAGGAUGCUGGUAUGGACAAAAGAUCUGUACAUGAUGUUGUUUUGGUUGGUGGUUCUACUCGUAUUCCAAAGGUCCAAGCCUUGAUUCAGGAAUUCUUUAAUGGAAAGGAGCCAUGCAAAGCAAUUAACCCAGAUGAAGCUGUUGCCUAUGGUGCUGCUGUACAAGCUGCUAUCUUAAAUGGUGAGCAAUCUUCUGCUGUUCAGGAUCUCUUGUUAUUAGAUGUUGCUCCAUUAUCACUUGGUUUGGAAACUGCUGGUGGUGUUAUGACUAAGCUUAUUGAGCGUAACACAACUAUCCCAGCCAAAAAGACACAAGUCUUUACCACUUAUGCCGAUAACCAAAGCGGUGUAUUAAUUCAAGUCUAUGAAGGUGAAAGAGCCAUGACUAAGGAUAACCACCUUCUUGGAAAGUUCCACCUUGAUGGUAUUCCACCAGCACCAAGAGGUGUACCACAAAUUGAGGUCACUUUUGAUAUUGAUGCUAAUGGUAUUUUGAACGUAUCCGCUGUCGAUAAGAGUACCGGUAAAAGUAGCAAGAUCACAAUUACUAACGAUAAGGGUAGAUUAUCAAAGGAUGAUAUCGAACGUAUGGUUAAUGAUGCUGAGAAAUACAAGGGUGAGGAUGAACAAAACAGACUUAAGAUUGAGGCCAAGAACUCCUUGGAGAACUAUCUCUACAAUAUGAGAAACACUAUCCAAGAACCAAAGGUCAAGGAGAAGCUUUCUCAGUCUGAAAUUGAUGAAGCUGAAAAGAAGAUUAAGGAAGCCCUUGAUUGGCUUGAACACAACCAAACUGCUGAAAAGGAUGAGUUUGAACACCAACAAAAGGAAAUAGAGACCCAUAUGAAUCCACUAAUGAUGAAGAUCUACUCUGCUGAUGGUGGAAUGCCAGGUGGAAUGCCAGGUGGUAUGCCAGGUGGUAUGCCCGGUGGUAUGCCAGGUGGAAUGCCAGGCGGUAUGCCAGGUGGUAUGCCAGGUGGUAUGCCAGGAUCUAAUGGUCCAACUGUUGAAGAAGUCGACUAA